ACGGAUCUAAGCAUACUGGAUCUAUCAAAUAACGACUUGCAAUCACUUAAUGAAAAGACAUUUUUAGGACUUAAGAACCUGUUGGUUGUCUUAGAUCUAUCUUUUAACAAAAUCACUGAAAUCGAUGAAGAUUCAUUCAAAGCACCAAAGCUUGUCAAUCUUGAUUUAUAUCAUAAUUCAUUAGAGUCAGUAACUAAAGGAAUAUUCAAUGCACUUGGAAACCUACAUGAGCUUAAUCUCGAGUAUAAUUUCAUAGAAAAUAUUGAAAACAACGCUUUUCAAUCGUUACUCAAUCUAACUGUACUGGAUUUAUCAUCGAAUGCGUUGCAGUCAGUAAAUCAUCAACUGUUCGCUGGGCUUACAAAUUUGCGUAAUCUGGAUUUAUCAUUGAAUGCGUUGCAGUCACACCUCAUAUUGAGCACUAACGGAAUCGACGAAAUACUAAAUGAUACCUUCCAAUACACACCAAAGCUUGUCAAACUUGAUUUAUAUCAUAAUUCAUUAGAGUCAGUAACUAAAGGAAUGUUCACUGCACUUGGAAACCUACAUGAGCUUAAUCUCGAGUAUAAUUUCAUAGAAAAUAUUGAAAACAACGCUUUUCAAUCGUUACUCAAUCUGACUGUACUGGCUUUAUCAUCUAAUGGGUUGCAGUCAGUAAAUCAUCACAUGUUCGCUGGGCUUACAAAUUUGCGUAAUCUGGAUUUAUCAUUGAAUGCGUUGCAGCCAGUAAAUCAUCAAAUGUUCGCUGGUUUUACAAAGUUGCGUAAUCUUAACUUAAUGUUUAAUCAAAUGAAAGAAAUAACAAAUCAUACCUUUAAAGAUUUAAGUGAUCUCAACAUACUGGAUCUAUCAUUUAACGAGUUGCAAUCACUAAAUGAAAAGACAUUUUUAGGACUUAAUAACCUUCAAGUUCUAGUACUAGAAAAUAAUAACCUAGGAUAUAAUACGAAACAGUUACCACCUGGGUGUUUUAAACCUUUAGAGUCACUUAAACAACUUUCUGUUCUAGAGAAUAAUCCUCAACGGAAAGUCCUUGUCUUACUACUGUAUGUUUGA